GUUUGGAUUAAAUCUUUGUUCUGAUAGUAAUAUUAACGGUUUAUUCAGCAAAUUAAACUAAAAUAUUGAUUAAAUUUGUAUAACUACUGUUAGUAAAUAAAGAAUUUAUAUGGGUGAAUGAAAAUUUCUUCUCAACAAAAAUAUCAUAAAAUAUUAUGAAAGCAAUAUUAUUUUACAUUGACCUAUUAAAUGAGACGUUCUUUUUCGAAUUGCGUUUGGAAUAAUAAAGUAAGAAGGAGAGAUGUUGCUAGCAGGUAAUCAUGCUGAAGAGACAUCAAAGCACAAUAAAAAUAAAUAAAUUUCUCUCGCGUGGUCUUAUUAUUAAAAGGAUCCUCAAACUUUAAGUUUUUAACAGACAUUUUUUUUUAAAUAAGUUUUAUGUUGAAGAGCGAAAAAAACAGCGUUAUAUUUUUAAGACAUUGAUAAAUUACAACAACGAAAAAAAAGGAAUUAUAAAAGGAAAAAGCCAAAGAUAAAGAGCAGGGAGAAAAUUUCAUAAAUCAUGUCUUCAAAAAAAUUGAAAUUUCUAUGGAAUUCCGGUACAUUUUUAGUAGUGUUAAUAAACAAUUUCGUUGAAUCAACGUUUAACAAUAAAAUAAAAAAUUUUCCAAAUUUAUUAAAUACAAUUGAUAACCAAACUUGUCCAAUUGGUUAUUUUAAAUGUCAAAUUGAUGGUGAAUCCAAAUGUAUUGCACAACAUUUAAAUUGUAAUGAUAUUGUAAAUUGUGAUGAUGGAGCCGAUGAAGAACAUUGUGAUGAUAAAGAUGAAGCUGUUUUUUGGGAUAUGAAAUAUAGAAAACAGCCGAGUGCGCUGUCUGAUGAUAUACCAAUUGGAAAAUGUUCUUUUAAAUUUAUGAACUCAACAUGUCCAUGUCGUGGAAAAGAUUUAUUAUGUAAAUUUCAACAUUUAAAUGAAUUACCGAAUUAUUUGCCAGAUGAAGGAAUUUCAUUACUAGAUUUAACUGGAAAUCAUUUUCCAAUUUUAAAAAGAAAUUUUUUUUCAACAUUACAGCCUACGGAGAUUAUUGUAAUGGAAUUUUGUAAUAUAGUAGAGGUGGAAUCAUUUACCUUUGAACCAUUUUCAAAAAAUGAAGUAAAACAAAUAAUUUUGGAUCAUAAUGAAAUUACAAAUUUACCGGAGAAUCUUUUUGAUGAUAAGAAUUUAGUGAGAAUUUUGUUCUUAGCAUCAAAUAAAAUAAAUAUUUUACAUGAAUAUGAUUUUCGAAAUCUCCAUAAUUUAGUGAAACUGGAUUUAAGAAGAAACGAAAUUAAAAGUUUUUCGUUAGAAGUCUUUAAACCAUUAGAAAUGUUGGAAUCUCUGCUAUUAGACGGAAAUUAUAUUCAAGUGAUACAUCCUGGUCUUAUACCAUCACUAAAUAAUUUACGUAUUUUAGGUUUAGCUGAAAAUCAUAUUGAAUUAUUCGAACCGAAAUCAUUUAAUUUAAUAAAUUUAAGUCAUCUGUUCCUUUCAUCGAAUAAAUUGAGUACAAUACAAUCAAAAUCAUUUUGUGGACUUGAAAAUUUAAUUGUUUUAAAAUUGGAUAAUAAUGAAAUUUUAAAACUUGAGCCAGAAUCAUUUACUUGUAUAGAGAAUUUAACAUCACUCGACCUGACAGAAAACAGAUUUCGUACUUUAGAUAGAAAAUUAUUUCGUAAUUUAACAAAAUUAAAUCACACUUAUUUCUCUUAUUUUCAUUUAUGUGGCGCAGUUCCGCAUGUACGUAAUUGUGAACCAAAAACUGAUGGUAUUAGUAGUGCUUAUCAUUUAUUGGAUAGCAUCAUAUUAAGAACAAGCGUUUGGAUAAUGUCAGCUAUUGCAGUUAUUGGUAAUUCAAUUGUAUUAAUUGGAAGAUUUUUUAGUAAAUCAAGACGUAAUGUUGACCAAACAUUAUAUUUGAGACAUUUAGCUGGUAGUGAUUUUUUAAUGGGCAUAUAUUUAGCAGCAAUAGCAACAGCUGAUAUAGAAUUUCGUGGUGAAUAUUUAAUACAUGAAGAGCAAUGGCGUCAUAGUAUUGCGUGUUCAAUAUGUGGAUUUUUGAGUACAUUAAGUUGUCAGUCGUCAACAUUACUUUUGACAUUAAUUACAUGGGAUAGAUUAAUUUCAGUAACUCAACCAUUACAACCUAGGACAACAACAAAAGCAUUAGUAAUAUUGAGACUUUCAAUGUUAUGGGGAAUAUCAAUAAUUGUAGCAUUUGCACCUUUCCUAUAUGAUGAUUAUUUUGGUGAUUAUUUUUAUGGCAGUAAUGGUGUAUGUUUGUCGUUACAUAUACAUGAUCCUUAUGCUAAGGGUUGGGAAUAUUCCGCCGUAUUGUUUAUCAUUAUAAAUACAUUUUCACUAAUUUUCAUUGUGAUAUCAUAUUUCCGUAUGUUACAAGCAAUACGUGGUUCUGGUAAAGCAAUGAGAAGUACUGUAAGCGGAAGAGAAAAUGUUUUUGCAAGAAGAUUUGCUGUUAUCGUAGCAACAGAUUGUGCAUGUUGGUUACCAAUUAUUAUAGUUAAAUUGGCAGCAUUAUGUGGAAUGAAAAUUCCGGCAUCUUUAUAUGCAUGGUUAGCAGUUUUAGUACUUCCUGUAAAUUCAGCAUUAAAUCCAAUUUUAUAUACCUUAACAACAGCAUCAUUCAAACAACAGUUGGUCUCUUUUAUACAGAUACGACGUUAUGUUUGGACAAAACAAUCCGACACAAGAAUCUCACGUUCAAAUACGGCAUAUGAAUCGGCAUAUAGUACAAGUAUGGGUCAAUUUACAAAUGGGGCAUCAAGUCGAAAAAAAUUGUUACAGCGUAAUCUAAGUUAUGUAUAGCAUUAGGAUUGUUAAGUAUGGAAGUGCAAGUGGGAAAUAUUAUUGAUAUUAAAAAAAAACAAGGAAAAUAAAAGAAUUGACAAUUGACAUUAUUUAAGAAAAUUUAUGUAAGUUUAAAAUAUCAACUAAAUAAACAAUUUAAAAUAUAAGUUCCU